AUGUCGACGGCAACAGUGGAGGCAGCACCAGGGCCAGCGGCACAUGCUUCGAGAACAUCGCGAAGGCGGCGAAACCCGCGCAGUCGGAAUACAAACCCCCAAUCGGAGCAGCAAGAACAGCAAGGGCAGACGCAAGCAGGACAACAACCGCAACUACAACCACAGACAGGGAACCAAGCUCAUAGAGGGGCCGGCACACGAGGUGGCAGAGGAAGGGGCCGGGGACAGGUUCACAAUGCCGCCACUUUGGAGCUAGUGCCUACAUCUGUACAGCAAGCUGCGCAUCAAAGCGGGAGGGGGGGACGCGGGGGAGGACGAGGUGGAAGACCAAGGCCUGGCCCGGACCGGUUCCCACAGCGCAUGGCAGCUGGUGGCCGUCAGUUUGGCGGACAGCUAACGACUGAAGGCGACGACGCUGCGUCACAAAUCUCUGAAGUGCCCCAAGGUUUGCAUGCAGACGCACCCUCCUUUCAGCCUGGCCAACCCAUCGCCCCUCGCAAAUCACGCCCGCCACGCCAGAAGCAACCCCAGGCCCCCAAAUCGACCGCGCCCGACAUCGCCACCAGAACACACGAGGAUAUCGACAAUGGCCACUACGAGUGCGCCAUCUGCACCGAAGAAGUUACAAGACGCUCGAGGGGUGUUUGGUCGUGCAGAACAUGCUGGACUGUCUUCCAUCUGGGGUGCAUCAAAAAGUGGUCCACAAACGAGGGCUCAGCAGCGGCACGACAGCAGGCUCAGGACGGAGAAUUGCCCCCUCCUAGACAAUGGCGUUGUCCGGGAUGCAAUCUACCCAAACAAGUUUUACCCAAGAAUUUCCACUGCUGGUGUGAGAAAGAGCUGGAACCACGAUCAACGCCUGGCUUACCACCCUUCUCUUGUGGCCAGACUUGUUCUCGCCCGCGGCUGCUUCCCAAGCCCUGCCCGCACCCUUGUGGCUCCACCUGCCAUGCCGGUCCUUGCCCGCCCUGUGGUUUGAUGGGGCCUACACAGUACUGCUUUUGCCGCCAGAGAUCAGUGACUCGACGUUGUGUCGACACCGACUAUCAAAAUGGGUGGAGUUGCGGGCAAGUGUGCGGAGCAUUGAUGUCUUGUGGAGAACAUGCAUGUGAGCGACCAUGUCACAAUGGCCCUUGCGGGCCGUGUGAGGUUCGCGUGCCUGCACGUUGUUACUGUGGCCAGAUCCAAAAGGACAUUCUAUGCCACGAUCGAGCAGAAGAAAAGCGGAGCAGUCAAUCCCAUGUAGCGGCCGAUGGCAGCGCCGCGGUCGAGAAUUGGAUUGGCUCGUUCCAGUGCCCUAACGAAUGCGGUCGUUUAUUCGACUGCGGCAAGCAUACCUGCGAAUUGGACUGUCACGCACAAGAUAGGGAAGCUCCACACUGUCCGCGCUCUCCAGAUGUAGUCACGCGCUGCCCCUGUGGCAAGACUGCUCUGGCUGACAUGUCCAUCGUCCCCCGAGUUUCUUGCCAAGACCCGAUCCCGAACUGUGACAAGCCUUGUGGACAAAUACUUGCGUGUUGUCACCAGUGCAAUCAGCUCUGCCAUCAGGGCGAUUGCCCACCUUGCCUGAGGCAAGUCGACAUCUCAUGCAGGUGCGGUCGUACAUCGUCCAAGACUAUCUGCCAUCAGGGUACCGAGGAAGCUCCCCAGUGUAUGCGCAUUUGCCGUGUCUCACUCAAUUGCGGGCGACACGAGUGUGGCGAACGCUGCUGCGCCGGAGAGAAGAAGGCUGCCGAGCGGGCAUCCAACCGUCGCAAACCCAGACCGCUAGACUCCAUCGCCCGCCAGUCUCGUGAGAACUUUGAAGCCGAGCAUAUUUGUACCCGUAGCUGUGGUCGCCAACUGAAAUGCGGUAAUCCCGAGCAUCGCUGCCAGGAACUAUGUCAUAAAGGCCCCUGUGGCACAUGUCGCGACGCCAUAUUUGACGAGCUUAGUUGUCACUGCGGAAGAACUGUUCUGCAGCCUCCGCUUCCCUGUGGUACCAAGCCACCACCAUGCCGGUUCAAAUGUGAGCGACCCAAGGAUUGCGGUCAUCCUCAAUUAGACCACAGUUGUCACGGAGACGACCAGCCAUGUCCCAAGUGUGCCUUCUUGACAACCAAGCCGUGUCUAUGCGGCAAGAGUGUCCUCAAGAACCAGCCAUGCUGGCUAAAUGAAGUUCGAUGUGGUCAAGUCUGUGGGCGUACUCUCAAGUGCGGGACCCACAAGUGCCAAAAACAAUGUCACCGGCCUGGGGAGUGCGAAGAACCAUGCACGCAGGCAUGCGGAAAAGAGCUCAGUAUAUGUGGCCAUGCAUGCUUGGAUCCCUGUCACUUCCCUCGGCCAUGCAAAGAGGAAAAGCCAUGUUCGCACAAGAUCUUUGUCACCUGUGAAUGCCAACGAAUCAAGCAGGAGGCCAAAUGCAAUGCUUCGCGCAAUGGAAAUGGAAAUCUGAAAAAGGUACUCAAGUGCGACGAAGAGUGUGCUCGCCUAGAGCGCAACCGUGUCCUAGCACUCGCUCUCAACGUAGAUCCGGAGCAUCAGAACGACCACAUCCCGUACUCGGACGCUACACUGAACAUGUAUCAGCAGAAUUCUACAUGGGCAGCUACGCAGGAGAAGCGACUUCGCUUAUUUGCUGCUGACUCAGACGAGAAGCGGCUUCGCUUUAAGCCUAUGCCUCGCAACCAACGUGCUUUUAUUCAUUCACUCGCUGAAGAUUUCGGCAUGGACUCGGAGAGCAUGGAUCCCGAGCCGCAUCGACACGUGGCCAUCUUCAAGACACCAAAGUUUGUCAUGGCGCCGAUGCGGACACUCGCAGAGUGUGCCAGAACUCGUCAAGUACAACAGCGCCUUGCUCCUGCUCCUGCCCCGGUAGCCUCUUCGUCGGCCUCUACAUUGCGUCCCAAGCCUAACAACGUGAAUGCGGAUCCCUACAAUUCAUUUCUCAUGCCCAAUCCACGGUUUGCACUUACCAUUGAGGAGCUCAACCCAAUCGUCAAAAGCGUGCUAGCAACGACUGCGUUUCGAUGCGAAUUGGAAAUCACUUUUCUCCCCGGCGACGCCGUAGCCCUAAAGCCACCCCUAGCAGCACGUCUCAGCAUCCCAGAGCGUCCCACUGUCCCAAGCCUUCACCGCCCAAUCCAUUGGCAAUAUCCAACUUGCACGCCUCGAUUCUUCGCUCAACAUCCUCCGUAA